AUUAUGGAGUUAAUGGAAUAGAGACAGAGAGUGCGGGAGGUUGAGCAACGCAAGCUCACAAGAUCGCAGAUUAUAAGUUACAGCCGGAGAGGACAGAACUAUCCAAAGGCCAAGAAAGGGCAAUUUCGUACCUUUUUACCUGUGUUCAUCUGUUCUGUGUUGCUAGGGUUCGGAAACAGCUGGGCUGAGAUCAUGGUGGGAUUCAAGAACCGGUACAUGGUGAUGGAGGUCUUCUUGGAUCCGAAUAGAGAGCUCGGGGUCGAUGACCCCAUCAUACUCACUCAAUUCAACGUGUCCAAAGCGAUAAGGGACAGCAUCCUCGUCAACUUCGGGGAGUGCGGUCUCGCGUCGUCUCUCGGAUCCUUUCAAGUCAAGUAUGUGAAUCCCAUCACGAAGCUCUGCAUUGUCAGAGCUUCUAGGGAGGAGCACCAGAAGGUUUGGGCCGCAAUCACCUUGGUCACCAGCGUCGGAAAUUGCCCGGUGCUGUUUAAUUUACUCGACUUGAGCGGAAGUGUCAAGGCCUGUAAAAAGGCUGCCUUGAAGUGUGAUGAGUUGAAAUUUGAGCAGUACAAGCUUGUGCGUGGGUCUCGUCUCUCGCCUGAGGUGAUCCAGCAGAUGCACAACUGCCAAGAAAAGAUAAAAAUUUUGGAGCACUAGGAGCGCUGCAUUUGUACAGUGUUUAAUCUGAAGCAGCGCAAGUGAGAAACCCUUUUCAACUUUCAGCUUAAGGAUCAUGACUUUCCUUUUCUUCCCCAAGCCCCCCAAGCCCUCUUCUCUUGUAAAUUCAUAUCCUGUACAUCAGACAUGCCAGGUGAGCUUUAUGGCUUAUACAACCGCGACUUGAUAUGCAUGCCUAGACCUCAUCUUGUCCAUGGAUAAAAUCACCAUUACUGAAAGUAGUGGACUCACAGCCAGUCGAUUAUACAGGGUCAAUUGAUCCGUGCGAUCAGAUUUCCUCCAAGGUUCAAGAUUCAGUAUGGAAGAUAAAGCAUUCACUGCUGAGUGAACCCGAAAGAAAUAUUGUUUGAGCACAAGUACAAAAGAAUUGCUGGUACUGGUUAUGGUGCUUGCAGGCAUUAUGCACCGGUCUUGACUUGAGUCUGAUUGCUCUCAACUCCAUGGGACAAUUUUGGGGUAUUCUCAAACAGUCUUUUUCUUGUUCUUAUUUUUUUUUAUGUUUUUGUUGGGGUUGGGGGUUUUCAUGUUCUUUGACGAUAUGUUGUCUGCGAGUCUAUCCAAUUUGGCCACGCGGAAAGAACGGAAUCAAAUUCAGCAAGGACUAUUUCAAGUAUUAAUUUUGUACGAUAUC